GGACGAUUGACGGACGGACUUCAAGUUGACUUCUCUUGCCAACAUCUCAAUACUCAGCUCUUUUGAUGUCGGUAUCUUUAAUCAUGUACAGCUUGAAUCCUUCUUAAAGACCUGGAGCUUUAGAUGAAUACCAUUCGAAAGUGAUCGGCUUUACAUGCUGUGAUCUAUCCCUGCAAUCGAACACCACGAACCGGCCCUUUCAUCCCUUCACGGUCGGAGCGCUAGCCACGCGCCUCCCUUCGAUUUCGCGCGACUUCCCGCGGUCUGCUCCAACUGAGUCGAAGUAACGUCGAAGUAACUCCGGAGGCCGAGAGGAUCUCCCAGCAUAGUCUUCUGCAGGUUUCAUGUUCGACUUGGGAUUACACCCUACUUCGCUGUGACCGGGACACCAUGGCUUCCAACAACCGCCACCCACCGCGCCCGAGUCUCCAGGUGUCGUACUCGCAGAGCAGCAUGGGUUCGAACAAUGGCAUGGCUUUCUCACAAUCCCACAUGGGCUCGUUCAACGCUUCCCAAUCCGUAGCGUCCACCCCCAGAGCUACUCCGCCUCCGAAAGCAUCACAACAGUCGGCCAUUUCUUAUAGCUUCACCAACAGCUUGCCCCAUGGCCCAAGGGGUAGCUUCAGCACAUUCGAAGACAUGAACGGGUAUGGCACCAUCUAUGAAGAAUUCAAGCCUCAGAUAUAUCGGGCUGUUUACUCUAAUGUAUCGGUGUACGAAAUGGAGGUCAACGGGGUCGCCGUCAUGAAACGCCGCGCGGAUUCUUGGCUGAACGCUACUCAGAUCCUCAAGGUUGCUGGUGUGGUCAAAGCGAGGCGGACGAAGACACUGGAGAAGGAAAUCGCGGCUGGAGAGCAUGAGAAAGUACAGGGUGGCUAUGGAAAAUAUCAGGGCACCUGGGUGAACUAUCAGAGAGGAGUGGAGCUUUGUCGCGAGUACCAUGUUGAGGAAUUACUGCGACCACUCCUGGAAUAUGACAUGGGACCAAAUGGAACGACGGGCAGUGCGCAGGAUUCCUUGGACACCCCGACCAAGGAACAGGCAAUGGCGGCCCAAAGAAAGCGACUCUAUAACCACAUGGACAACCGUGGCAUGUCCCAGCCUCAGCAGGGCACAUUCUUCCAGAAUAUUUCUCGCACAGCGGCUACUGCGGUCAAUGCUAUGAGCAAAGCCCGCUUCGACUCGCCGGCCGCACGUGGAGUCGACGGGAGAAAGUCCAGUGCCAUACGGAAACCUUCGCAACAGCUGAGCAGCCAGGAUACCCAGAUUCCCUUCAGCAGUCAACAGAGCAUGUACAGUGUUGCAUCCGACAGCGGUUUUGCAAACAAUGCUCAGAGGAACGGCCGAUACCAAGCCCAUGUCGGUCCCGGCUUCGAACCCGAAGAGUCGAACGAGCCUCCGCGCAAACGCAUCAGAUCUACUUCCAACCAUGCGCAAUCCUUCGGACUUCCGUACGAGCACUCGACUUUAUCAAUGAACGAGCCUACUCCGACUGAGCCGAAUGACUCUUUCUACCAGGAUAUGGAUGUCUCCAACUCCAUGGUCGAUGGCACCAAGCGCGGGUGCGAGCCCUUGCAACCUGCCACGACUCCCGAGAGAUUCCAAAAGAUGAAGCUUAUCAUGACAUUGUUCUUGGAUAAGAGAACAAAGGACUUUUCGACGCAUCCUGCUCUGAUGCAGUUAUCUGGCGAUGACCUGGAGAUUCCAUUGGAUGAAUAUCGCAAUAAUGCUCUCCAUUGGGCGGCGAUGCUUGCUCGCAUGCCCCUUGUGUAUGCGCUAGUCGAGAAAGGCGUCAACAUUUUCCGGCUGAACGGGGCAGGUGAAACUGCGUUGCAGAAAUCAGUGGGAACGAGGAACAACCUCGACUAUCGGAGCUUUCCACGCUUACUGCAGGUUCUGGCUCCAACCAUUGACAUGGUCGAUUACAGUGGGCGAACAGUGUUACAUCACAUUGCCGUGAUGGCGGCAACUGGCGGGGGCGGCCAUGUAUCCGCAAAACACUAUCUCGAAGCUCUUUUGGAAUUCAUUGUCCGCCACGGUGGUACCUCGGCGGGCCAGCCGGGGUCUACUGGCGUCAUGGACAACGGGCAAAACUUACCACAGACCGGAGAGGUCAUAACGCUUGGUCGCUUCAUAUCUGAAAUUGUCAAUCUUCGGGAUGAUCAAGGCGAUACUGCGCUAAACUUGGCGGGGCGCGCACGUUCUGUCCUUGUACCCCAGCUCCUGGAAGUCGGUGCAGAUCCUCAUAUACCGAACCAUACCGGUCUACGGCCGGCCGAUUACGGUGUAGGUGUGGAUAUGGUUGAGGGCAAUGGCCAAUCCCAACAGACUGGAAAUAGGAACGACUCUUUCAUGGACCAACUAGCAAAGACCAAGAAAGAGAUUCUAGAUUCGACAUUGGCACAGAUCACUUCAUUGGUGCACGAGACACUGGGCGGCAUUGACAGGGAGCUGGCUUCGAGCUUAACAAAGAAGCAAGAACAGUUUGACCACUGGCAUGCUAAAAUUCGUGAGUCAGCUAAGGCUCGGCAAAUCGAACAGAAACACCUGGACGACCUGAAGAGUAGAUCUUCAGAGCGCAUCGAGCUCGGCCGGCGAUGCAAGAACCUUGAGAAGUCAUCAGAGGAUCUUCUUGUAAAAUUGAAAGCGACCCAAGGAGGAUCCUUCGAUGCGUCUAAGAAGUACUUGGUUGGUGACGCCGAUAAAGAAUUUGGAUUAGACAUCGCUGCAUUCGAAGCGGUCUUUUCUGAGAACUUUGACCCAUCUUCUGGGUUCUCCGAGCAGCAAGCUGCUUUUCUUCGUUCGUUUCCACCUGCAGAAAGCAUACAGCAACGAAUAGAGGGAUACCACAAGUUCAACGAUGACAUACUGGAGGAGGUGGAGCGUCUCCGAUCUAAAAAUGUGGUCCUGGGGCAAAACUACCGUCGAGUGGUCAUGGCUUGUACAGACUGGACUGCCGAACAAGUUGACGAAGCGGUCGAAGGACUCACGCAAUGCGUCAAGGACCUUAAUGACAAUCCAGUCCCCGAAGAUGAAGCUAUCGAGAUACUGAUGAAGGACCGAGGGCAAGACUGGUGAUGGUCUUGCGUCGGACGAUCUUGACGAGCUUCCAUGGUACAUAUAUCACGCUUUGUUUCUGAACAUUGGCACUAGCGAUUGUUUACAUUUUUCUAUUCAUUCUUGUCUAUGGUUCACACCUGGUCGGAGUCGGCCAGCCACAAGGAAGCAUUGUUCAUAUGAAGGAACUACGGUGUUUGAGCAUGUUUGAUUAGAUGUUUUUAUGCAUUCAUGUCUGUACCUCCAGAUACCCUCAGGACACAUGUGCUGGAUUUAUAACGGCUAAUUUGAUUGUGGCAUCUACGAUUCUCAUGACCCUUGCAGGGUGGCUGUCCGAUCUGGUGAACUAAAUGUGCCACCA